UCUCUCUCUCUCUGUCUGUGUCUCUCGCGCGCAGUCGCUGCUCUCGAGCUCAGGCGGGAGACGCGGUUUCGGCGGGUUCAGGGAGCGGAGCGGAAAACACAGCGAACAAAACAAACAAAACAAACAAAACACCCGCCCGGAGUCACGCAGCGCUUCUCACUCGAGACACACUCAAAUCCAGGCUUGUCUGUCUGUUCCUGGUCACUCCAGCAUGGGUAAGAAGACUCUGCCACGGGAGGAGGAAGAGGAGGAGGAAGGCUCCUCGGAGGAAGAGGAGUACGUGGUGGAGAAGGUCCUGGACAGGAGGGUCGUGAAGGGCAGGGUCGAGUUCUUUCUCAAGUGGAAAGGCUUCUCCGAGAAGAACAACACGUGGGAGCCGGAGAAGAACCUGGACUGUCCGGAGCUGAUCUCCGCGUUCCUCAAGACUUACAAGAAGAAGGAGGGCAGCGGGGGGGGCAGCAGCACAGCGGCUAGCGGGGGGCGCUCUCGAGACACCGGGAGCAAGAGGAAGAACGCCAGCGAGGACGACGAGGAGAGCCGUGCUAAGAGGAAGAAAGAGGACGACGUUCUGAUUGCCAGAGGCUUCGAGAGAGGUCUGGAGCCAGAGAAGAUCAUCGGAGCCACAGACUCGUGUGGGGAUUUGAUGUUCCUGAUGAAAUGGAAGGACUCUGACGAGGCUGACCUGGUCCUGGCGAAGGAGGCCAAUGUGAAGUGCCCGCAGAUCGUCAUCGCAUUCUACGAGGAGCGGCUCACGUGGCACGACGACGGAGAGAAGAAAGGGAAGGAGAAGGAGAAGGAGAAGGGGGCGCUGUGAGUGUCCGAGCCUGCAGACACACCACCUCGAUACCCACCCACACUGACCAGCGUCGGGCAGCAAGGAGACAAACAAACGAAACGAAACACACUCUGGAAAUACCAGUACAGCCAGUCCCAUUGCACAGGGGUCACUCACUCACUCACUCACUCACUCGCUCACUCACUCUGUCUCGUGUUUAAAUGUGCGCCCCUGUAAUACAGGGCUCAAAUCAAAACCAAUGCAACAGGGAGCUCUGGCUGAAGCCGCAGUUAUCCAAGGAUUUUUAAAAGGUUCAAACAUCUCGUCACUUCUUUUUCUUUCUUUCCAGGAACCCAUUCCUACCCAAAAAUAAACGGUCCAAACCAAUUCAUUCUUGUCACUCGCACCAAUUCAUUCCAGGGGCGUUACCGUCCAACUAGAAAGAAAUCUCUCUUUCCAUGUAAACAGGAUAUUGAUUUUAAUUGCGGGGUCUGCUGCUUUUUUCAAUAUUUGUGGUGACAAACUAAUAUACAGGUGAAAGAAAAGUCGUUGGUAUUUCUUUCUUGUUUAAUCAGACAGCACAGAGGUCAGGCUACAGGUGAAAGUGUGGUGUGUUGUGUGUAGAUUUUUUUUAUUUUUUUUAAACACUUCUCCUUUACCUGACACUGCACUCCUCUCCUGGUUUGCUUUUGUAAAAUGUUAUCAUUCAUUUGCUCCCCCCCCCCCCUCCCAGAACACUGCCGAUGAUGUGAUUGGCUGGUUUCAUAGACCCCGCCCCCCUGUAGUGGUUCAAGGCCAGCGCUGUUCAGUGCCUCUGAAACAAGGCGGUCGUGUCUUUUAGUUUUUAAAGCCUGUUUUAAACUUGCAUCCUGGAUCAUGCUGGGUCUCUUGCACAGGUCCGUGCAAGUCGUCCCUUUCUGAGGUCACAGACCCAUGUGAGAGCCGAGUCUGUCCAGGUGCAGGACCAAGGAUUGGGAACCACACUGGUUCAAGUGGGAGAUGAUGUGACCAGUACAAAACGCUGACUGGGGAGCGUGUGUGCCGGGCUUCUGACAAGGAAAAGGGCGGGGGGGGUGUGAGAGUCGACGGUUUUUCCAAAUGAGGCGAGAUGCAUUUCUGAUCAGUCCUGUAAGUAAUUAAAAACAAACUCUCAGCUUGUUUGGGUAUUUUUGUUUAAAUGCAGAUUUUCUGCACUCUGAGGUUUUGUCACGGUAUCUAUUUUUAUUUUUUUGCAAAGGUGUUCUUGGCUUUGUUCCUGAGCGCCCCGAGUAAACAGGGUUUUACAGAUCUUGUGCUGUAGACUAGAGAGCAGUGUACUUAGCAGCUUGAGUAUUAAAUGCAAUCCCUUUCUCAUAUUUUUUUUUUUUAUAUGUAACAUUGAAAGUUGCACCACUUGUGACUCAGAUCCAGUUGAUUUUGUCUUGGAUAUUUCAUUGUUUUUGAAAGGCGAGCAGAGUUUAUCAUGUCUUUGGAAGUGUUACUGUAAUAAAUAGAUAAACUGCUCAGCACCUUUUAUUUUGUAUGUUCUUGUAUCAAAAAUCUAGUAAACUUCGUUUUCAACAUUC